AUGAAGAUCCAUGUGUGGACAAUUUACACAAAAAGGAGAAAGGCAAGAGGAGGAAGGCAAAAACCAUCAAGACCAGCUCAAGUCAAGAUCAGACUUCUCAGGAUGUUCCCUGUACCAGUGAGGCUGAUGUCCUCAGCGUUGCAGAGGAACCUGGUCAUGCUGAAGUCGAUGACGAGUGGAGCGAAGACGCCUUCCAGGACUUAGUGGGAGAUUUGUCGGAAUGGGGUGCCGACAUCCUCAACUCUUUGAGCUCUGUCUCGAUUGUUGACGUCCUCCAAGCUACGAUCUGUGCCACAUCUGACUAUAGAGUUCCAGUCCUAGAUGUGGCCUCCUAUAGAGCCAACGUCCGUCGAGUUCCUGUCCGAGAUGUGGCAGACUGGAGUGUGGACGUCCCCCAGGUCCCAGUCAGCACCACAUCAGCUCCAGGCUUGGAAAUGGCUGACUGUUGUGUUGAUGUCCCUCCAGUUCCAGUCUGUGCCACGUCAGACUGGGAAGAUGAUGUCCCCCAUGCCGGACCAACAGGGGACACUGUAUCUGAGAAUGAGAUUAUCUACGUCGGUUGCUGGAGCUAUGAAGUCGGCAGGAAGCUCGGUGAAGGUGGCUUUGGAAGUGUUUAUGCUGGGACUCGCUUGAAAGAUGGCCUUAAGGUGGCGCUGAAAUUCGCUGAUACCGUGGGUAUUGAGUGGAUCGACAUUGAGGAUAAUCCUGAACCCGUUCCACUGGAGAUCGGUCUGCUAAUUCUCGCCAACAAAGGCCCCAGGGUUCCCGAGAUCAUCCAGCUGCUGGACUGGGACGAAGAGCCAAAUCGUUACAUCAUGGUUCUAGAGUUCCCUACACCCUGUGAGAGCUUGAUCGAAUAUCUAGACCGGCACGACUACUACAUCGAAGAGAACGUGGCAAAGGUCAUUAUGCAUCAGGCAGCAGUUGCAGCUCAAACAUGCUGCCAACGUGGAGUGUUGCAUCGCGACAUCAAGCUGGAAAACCUCCUGAUCAACCCGGAUACCCUGGAUGUCAAAUUGAUUGACUUUGGAUGCGGCGAAAUCCUGACCGACGCGGGAUACACGUCCUUUGCUGGCACAGAAGAGUACUGCCCCCCUGAGUAUAACUUAUUCGGCUUGUAUCACGGGAAACCAGCGACGGUGUGGUCACUCGGGGUACUCAUGUUUACACUGGUGUGUGGGGAAUUUCCAACGUCAGAUGACUUGGAUAUGCUAAAUUACAACAUCUGGACAAGAGAUGGCGUAUCACAAGAAUGCUGCCAAUUACUUUGCUCUCUCCUGCAAAGACACCCAUCGAAGCGGCUUAAAUUGGAUGUUGUCUGUCUCCACAAGUGGUUUAAGUACUUCAUAUAUAGAUUUUAUGAAGAAAGAUCAGAAGACCUUCUACAGAAAGACUUGCCACCCGACUGGGGAGAUGAUGUUCCUCCAGUUCCAGUCUGUGCCACGUCAGACUGGGAAGAUGAUGUCCCCCAUGCCGGACCAACAGGGGACACUGUAUCUGAGAAUGAGAUUAUCUACGUCGGUUGCUGGAGCUAUGAAGUCGGCAGGAAGCUCGGUGAAGGUGGCUUUGGAAGCGUUUAUGCUGGGACUCGCUUGAAAGAUGGCCUUAAGGUGGCGCUGAAAUUCGCUGAUACCGUGGGUAUUGAGUGGAUCGACAUUGAGGAUAAUCCUGAACCCGUUCCACUGGAGAUCGGUCUGCUAAUUCUCGCCAACAAAGGCCCCAGGGUUCCCGAGAUCAUCCAGCUGCUGGACUGGGACGAAGAGCCAAAUCGUUACAUCAUGGUUCUAGAGUUCCCUACACCCUGUGAGAGCUUGAUCGAAUAUCUAGACCGGCACGACUACUACAUCGAAGAGAACGUGGCAAAGGUCAUUAUGCAUCAGGCAGCAGUUGCAGCUCAAACAUGCUGCCAACGUGGAGUGUUGCAUCGCGACAUCAAGCUGGAAAACCUCCUGAUCAACCCGGAUACCCUGGAUGUCAAAUUGAUUGACUUUGGAUGCGGCGAAAUCCUGACCGACGCGGGAUACACGUCCUUUGCUGGCACAGAAGAGUACUGCCCCCCUGAGUAUAACUUAUUCAGCUUCUAUCACGGGAAACCAGCGACGGUGUGGUCACUCGGGGUACUCAUGUUUACACUGGUGUGUGGGGAAUUUCCAACGUCAGAUGACUUGGAUAUGCUAAAUUACAACAUCUGGACAAGAGAUGGCGUAUCACAAGAAUGCUGCCAAUUACUUUGCUCUCUCCUGCAAAGACACCCAUCGAAGCGGCUUAAAUUGGAUGUUGUCUGUCUCCACAAGUGGUUUAAGUACUUCAUAUAUAGAUUUUAUGAAGAAAGAUCAGAAGACCUUCUACAGAAAGACUUGCCACCCGACUGGGGAGAUGAUGUUCCUCCAGUUCCAGUCUGUGCCACGUCAGACUGGGGAGAUGAUUGAUGUCCCCCAUGCCGGACCGACGGGACACUGUAUCUGAGAAUGAGAUUAUUUACGUCGGUUGCUGGAGCUAUGAAGUCGGCAGGAAGCUCGGUAAGAUGCUGAUCUACCUCAAAGUGUCAGGGAUCGGAAGACACAGACUGGAUGAUAGGAAUCGGUAGGCAGGCUGAAGAGGGAAUCCAGAGGAACGGGAACAGGACUGAAGAUGAACGAUCAGGUGAAGGACUGGAAUCAGGUAGGUAUCAGGCCAGUAGCGUAGUGGGAGUCUGAGGUCGGAUCUAUCGACGAGACCAGACAAUGAAGAAGUGAACGGGUGAGUCUUUUAUGGUGCUGGUGAAUGAGACGGGGAUUGAGUGCAGGUGGUGGUGACAGGUGAUGGGCUGCAUCCGAAACCGCAUACUUCCCUACUAAAUAGUAUGGGAAAAAGAGUAGGCGAGCGAAAAGUAUGUACGAAUCAUAAAUGAGUAGGCGAGAAUUAUCUAGGUGACGUACUAAUUAUCGCGAGAUUUGGACGUACGCACAUAGUGCGUCCGAAUAUGGCUACUUUCUAUACAAGUCAAACAAACAAAUCUAUAAAGUAACUAAACAUGUUAUAUUUCAUUUGUCCCUUAUUAGUGUUGAUAUAUCGAGGA